AUGUUCCCAUUCUGGAGGUGGGCGCUGAAGAACAAUACUAAGCCACUUCAUAUUGUUCAUGGCAGGUACCACCAACCAGCAGCAACACAAUCCUUCCCAGCCGCCCGCGCUCCAGCAGAGCGGGUCCUAGGUAUCACUCCUUCCCAAACCAAAUAA